AUGAUCAUCCCUCGACCCUUGGGGAAUAUUUUCAAAGACUAUGGUGACCACAAAUUGAAAUUACCGAAACUGAAGCAUUUGUUGCUCGGCCAGCCCGCAGAGUCAUGCUCCACCAACGAUUUCGCGACAUAUAGCUGGCCAAAACGCGCCGAAUCAGCUUGCUACGACGAUUGGCGUAGAAUUCUAGAGGCUUGCAUGAAAACACUUGAGACAUUAGUUCUGGAGCAAAGACCAGCGGCAGAUCAUAUCGAAGGAGACGGUUACAGCGAAGAUACGUGGAUGGAUGAAAGAGUAUGGUCUCAUGCAGGUGAGAUACUUCUUGAGAUGGUUCAAACAGUUAUAUCCUAUGAAACGAGUCGGCUACCCUUGAAGUGGGUAUAUCUGUAUGGUAUAGUCUCUGUUUUAGAAGAAGAUGAUCCUCCGUUUUUGGAUUUGCCUGCCGGCAAGUUUAUGCAAUUUCUCAAGAAUCGUGGGGUUGAGUGUGAGACGAGACGGGGGAGGUGGUGCUUCUUUGAUAGACAAACUGGAUCCGUGGAUUGGUGCCCUUGGAAUGCGGCGUUUGAGGAUGAAGAAGAGGAGGAUGAGGAGGAUUUAGACGGGGACAAAGAUGAAGAUGCUGAACCAAAGGCGAAGUGGGAUACUGUGCUGGCCAAGGUUACAUCAGAGUAG